AUGGCUUCUGAAGCACCGACCGAGAUUGAAACCCGCCUCUUUAUUAAUGGCGAGUUUCGCCCUGCUUCCGAUGCGGGAACCUUUCCAUUGAAAUCACCGGCUACCCUGGAAACGGUCGCUUUAGUUUCUGAAGCCUCGGUGGAGGAUACAAAUGACGCCGUCGCAGCGGCUCAGGCAGCGUUCCCAGCAUGGUCGCGCCUCUCGCCGCACGACCGAGGAGCGUAUAUGUUGAAGCUCGCCGAUCUCAUUCUCGAAUCCGAAAAGGAGCUAGCAUAUCUCGAGGCCAUCUCCAUGUAUUUCGCCUCCCGCGGCUGGGAUGGCCAGGGCCAAACGAGCCUGAACACGCCGGGAUUCAUCAAUAUGACCCUGAGGCAGCCGUAUGGGGUUGUUGCGGCCAUCAUCCCGUGGAAUGUCCCGGUCAAUUUCUUCAUCAACAAGGUGGCGCCUGCGAUCGCGGCCGGAAAUACUGUUGUCCUGAAGAGUAGCGAGAAGGCGCCUUUGACUUCGGCUAAAGUUGCUCACCUGAUUCAACGCGCCGGAUUUCCGCCAGGCGUUAUCAACGUCCUGUCUGGACAUGGUCACAUCUCCGGCUCCGCUCUGGCACAUCACAUGAGCGUUCGAGUGAUCACUUUCACAGGCUCUGGGCGCACAGGGCGUCUCAUCCAAAAGGCAGCGGCCAACUCCAACCUGAAGAAUGUCAUCUUCGAGCUCGGAGGCAAGUCCCCUACCGUGAUAUUCCCAGAUGCGGAUCUCGAAAAGGCGGCGAAGGAGUCAGCACACAGUAUCCAAUGGAACAGCGGCCAAGUAUGCAUGGCGAACUCUCGAAUCUAUGUCCACGCUUCCAUCGCCGAUCAAUUUAUCUCUCUGUUCAAGAACACAUUCCAGUCCGUGUCGAUGGGUGACCCCACAAAGCCCUGCGUAAACCACGGCCCGCAAGCCGAUGAAACCCAGUUCAACAUUGUGAAACGCUACAUCGAGCUGGGCAAGAAAGACGGCGAACUCAUCCUGGGAGGAGGCGAUGUCCCCGACCACAAAGGCUACUUUAUCCCGCCGACGAUCUUCACGCAUACGCCAGAGAGCUCCCAGAUCAUGAAGGAGGAGAUAUUCGGGCCGGUGGUUAAUAUCAACGUGUUCGAAACGGAAGCCGAGGUGAUCAAGAUGGUAAACGCAUCUGAGUUUGGGCUCUAUGCCGCGGUCUACACGCGAGAUGUGAACCGGGCCAUGCGCUUUGCGACGUCUAUGGAGGCUGGUACCGUGGGCAUCAACUGCACGAGUCCGACUGGCGCGUUUGAUAUGCCCUUUGGUGGAUACAAAGCAAGUGGAAUUGGGCGGGAAGGUAUCCAUCACAGUCUCGAUAACUACCUUGAGACGAAAACUGUACAUCUGAGAGUUGAGGGUCUCUAA